AUUCAGAAUAAGGGAGAGGCAGGGGGUGGAGAGAAGGAGCAGGUGCACGACAGGUGGCUCCUAACUGGGCUCUGAUAGAGAGGGAAGGAUUCCCUUCCUGGCUAGGAGGACCCCAGAGAUACCUGGAACGAACACCUCGGCGUCCUUUUUACUUUUCACUCACAAGAUAAAACCAGUGUUCAGUGAAGUGAGGAAACAGCUCUGAAUGGAGUGAUAUUUUCCCCUUUCAUAAAUUGCUUUGCAAAUCACAAUCAGAUAAAGGUCACCCAGGUAGCUCCCUGGGCUUUAAUAAGUCUGCUGAAUGGCUGUGUUUGCGCCAGAAGCUGACUUGCCUGAACACAAAUAUUUGAAAGGCGAUUUGAAAACAUCUGCACUCAGAACUCGGUGACACACUCGGAUUCUUCUUGGAAUGACCCACGGACGGUACGUGUAUUACCUGUGACCAGGUGGAUGCUGCAGCUCUCCAGACACCUUCCUCACUUCAGAGGUGUGGCCCACAGUGGCAUGCAGGGUAGGAGAAGCCCACAGCAUGGCUUUUCAGGUGUUUGUGCCUUUUUGUCCUUGGAAGGUGUUGCUCUUGCUAGUAGCGCUCAAAUGUUCUGAAGCAACUUCCAAUUUGAACGAAUCCACAAAUGCCACUGCCAGGCAUGAACCGAAUGUUCGAUUUGCUGCUGCCAGCUCAGAGCCAGAUGAGAAGAUAUCUGUUUUUGCACUGGAUUAUGACUAUGUGCAAAUUCCGUAUGAAGUCACCCUCUGGAUACUUCUAGCAUCGCUUGCAAAAAUAGGCUUCCACCUUUACCACCGACUGCCAGGCCUCAUGCCAGAAAGCUGCCUCCUCAUCGUUGUUGGGGCUCUGGUGGGUGCCAUCAUUUUUGGCACGGACCACAAAUCACCUCCAGUCAUGGAUUCGAACAUCUACUUCCUGUAUCUCCUUCCACCCAUCAUCCUGGAGGGCGGUUACUUCAUGCCCACCCGGCCAUUCUUUGAAAACAUUGGCUCCAUCCUGUGGUGGGCAGGCCUGGGGGCCCUGAUCAACGCCUUUGGCAUCGGCCUCUCCCUCUACCUCAUCUGUCAGAUCAAGGCCUUUGGCCUUAGUGACGUCAACUUGCUUCAGAACCUGUUGUUUGGCAGCCUGAUCUCGUCUGUGGACCCGGUGGCCGUGCUGGCUGUGUUUGAAGAGGCGCGCGUGAACGAGCCGCUGUACAUGAUGAUCUUCGGGGAGGCCCUUCUCAAUGAUGGCAUUAGUGUGGUUUUAUACAAUAUAUUAAUUGCCUUCACAAAGAUGCAUAAAUUUGAAGCCAUAAAACCUGUUGACAUUUUGGCUGGAUGUGCCCGAUUCAUAAUUGUAGGGCUUGGGGGAGUAUUUUUCGGCAUUGUUUUUGGAUUCAUUUCUGCGUUUAUCACACGUUUUACUCAGAAUAUCUCUGCAAUUGAACCACUGAUCGUCUUCAUGUUCAGCUAUUUGUCUUACUUAGCUGCUGAGACCCUCUAUCUCUCUGGCAUCCUGGCAAUCACAGCCUGCGCAGUGACAAUGAAAAAAUAUGUGGAAGAAAACGUGUCCCAGACAUCCUACACGACCAUCAAGUAUUUCAUGAAGAUGCUGAGCAGUGUCAGCGAGACCCUGAUCUUCAUCUUCAUGGGCGUGUCCACCGUUGGGAAGAACCACGAGUGGAACUGGGCCUUCAUCUGCUUCACCCUGGCCUUCUGCCAGAUCUGGAGAGCCAUCAGCGUAUUUGCUCUCUUCUAUGUCAGUAACCAGUUUCGGACUUUCCCCUUCUCCAUCAAGGACCAGUGCAUAAUUUUCUACAGUGGUGUUCGAGGAGCUGGAAGUUUUUCACUUGCAUUUUUGCUCCCUCUGUCUCUUUUUCCUAGGAAGAAAAUGUUUGUCACUGCUACUCUAGUAGUUAUAUAUUUUACUGUAUUUAUUCAGGGAAUCACAAUCGGCCCUCUGGUCAGGUACCUGGGUGUUAAAAAGACCAAUAAAAAAGAAUCGAUCAAUGAAGAGCUUCAUAUCCGUCUGAUGGAUCACUUAAAGGCUGGAAUUGAAGAUGUGUGUGGGCAAUGGAGCCACUACCAAGUGAGAGACAAGUUUAAGAAGUUUGAUCACAGAUAUUUACGGAAAAUCCUAAUUCGUAAGAACCUGCCCAAAUCAAGCAUUGUUUCUUUGUACAAGAAGCUGGAAAUGAAACAAGCCAUUGAGAUGGUAGAAACCGGGAUCCUAAGUUCUACAUCCUUUUCCACACCCCUUCAGGCCCAGAGGAUACAAGGAACCAAAAGGCUUUCCCCUGAAGAUGUGGAGUCCAUGAGGGACAUUCUGACACGCAACAUGUACCAAGUUCGACAAAGGACACUGUCCUACAACAAAUAUAACCUCAAACCCCAAACAUGUGAGAAGCAGGCUAAAGAGAUCCUGACCCGCCGCUACAAUACCUUACGGGACAGCAUGAGGAAAGGCCAUAGCCUGCCGUGGGGAAAGCCGGCUGAUACCAAAAACAUCCGCUACCUCUCCUUUCCCUAUAGCAAUCCUCAGCCAACAAGAAGAGACCUGAGGGCUGAAGAACUCACAGAUAACAGCAGCAGUGAUUCAGACCUCUCAUUCAUCAUGUUCAAUGCAAACUCUCAAACAAGGCCGCUUCAAGAAAGACAACUGACACAAGAAAUAAUCCCAAUGAAGAAUUUAAACAGAGGAGGGAAGCCAUCCAACUUUGGUUAUCCAAGAAGUACAAGCCAAGAAGAGCGUGUUGGCAGAGGCAGAUGGGCAGCUUUAAGGCCCAAACCUCUUUUUCAUGCGGUAGAUGAGGAGUAUGAAUCUGGAGCAGAGAGUGAGGAAGAGGCCUCAACAAUUGGGUCCAGGUGGUCAGCUGAGCACAGAUGCAGAAGGGAACACCGCAGGUCCCACAGUCCUUUGCUCCACAAAAAAUAGUUUUAUUGUUCACGAGAUUUUUCUGUGCUUCACGAGAGUCCAUCUUCCUCUUUUGUGAAAGAAGGAUUUUCAGAAUUCUAAACAAAGCUAUUAAGUUUACUUUUUUUUUAGAAGGUAUUAAACAUGCAUCUGUAAGAGGCAGGGAAAGUUUUUGGAGGACUGGGAGAAAGCUUGCAGGCUGUGUCACAUUCUUAGCUGAUGUACUUUGUAGAUAAUUCCCUGUAAGUGAUAGACAUUCAUCACCCCAGAAAUUAUUCACUAAGAAUUUCUAAGAGUAUGUGGCCCAUGGAAUUUAUUGAGAUACAGUGUGAUUGGUGAGUAAUUCACCUUGGCAAUAUGCAUGUGCAACUUAUAAUCAAGGUAGAACUGGGAGGAGCCUUAGACAUAUCUUGGCCCAAAUGAGGACAUCUUGCCAUGGUCAUGUGGUGAGUAGCUGGCUUCAGAAACUGAUUGACCUCCCUCCCGAGAGAAUGAAUUUAAUUUUUGACUUUGAUAUGCACUAUAUAAUAAUUACAUUUAUGGAGAGAGGUAAAAUUUGUCAUAACAUUGCUGUAUUUAAUCAGUAGCAAUAACAGACAUGUGUGAUACAGACUAAAGAUUUAAUCUAUGAACAAAGAAUGGGUUUGUCCAUUUUACAAUUGGAAUAUUUAUUUUAAAAACAAAUAUUAGACACAAAAUAGGCAUAAGUAGGCUUUAAUAGCAGUGACAUGAACAACAGGUAUUUAUUAGAUGUGCAUUUGCAGGGUGUGAUAUUUUGCCCUAGGGAUUGAAACUAUUUUCCAACUUAAUUUUCCAUCUUUAUUGUCCCCAGACUUGACCUUGACCCUUACAUUGCAGCUCACCGACUUUGCUAGAUGACUUUAUUUUUCCUCCCUCCUUCCCCUCUCUUCACCUUCUCUCUCUUUUAGCCAUCUAUAGAUUAACAAAUAAUUAUUAAUUGCUAUUCAUUGUACUAAAUGGCUAAUCUAUAGUAAUCGAUUAACCACAAUGUCCUUUCUCAUUGCUGCUCUUGACAUGUCUAACUACCCCCAAUUAAUUUAAUCCCAUGCAUCUUCAAAGGUCACAAUCCAAUGCACCUGGCUCCCUAGAUCUGCCUUGAUCCCCUUAAUCAGAAGUGCUCAAGUGAUCCCCUUCCUCCUUGGUGCCACCACACCACUUUGGACAGGUAACGGAACUGAUCUGGGAAUCACACUUAUACAUGUGCACAUGUGUUCACUCCGAUGGUCCAUGGCCGAAUGGAAGGGGAGGAUAAUUUGUCUCUGGGCUUUAUCUUU